UCUCAUAUUACAGCUGCAGCUGGGCUGUGAUUGGCUGAGCUGCAGCUGCGUCUGUCUCCGGUUGGCUGGAUGGUCCACGUCAGCAGAAGCUCUGAAGUAUCUCAGGGUGAAGAUCUUCUUCCUGGUUAGAGCUGUUGACACCUCGUUGUUGGACCUGCUGCUAAAGACGAGAGACUUUCUGGUAAAUGUCCCGGAGUUCUGGAGGAAAGAGGGAAUAAAAGCAGCAGUUAGAGAGGAAAAGACGAAGAAAGUCUCCAGGAGUUUACGAUGAGGAGGAUCAGGUGACUGGACGGACUUUAAACUGGGAUUAAAAUGAGGUUCCGGCUGCUGAAGCGGAACCUGCUGGCUCUGCUGGGAGUUUCCUUCGUGGUUGUGACUCUGCUGUUUUCUACACGUGUGUUGAUCGUUUCUGAGGAUGGAGGAGGAGAAACCGGGGGCCCCCAGCAGGGAUCCGGUUCGGUGCGCUCCGGUCCGGUGAGGUUUAACUUUGGCUCGCUGUCGGAUCUCAGCCAGUCCGUCUAUAGCGCCAACUACCGGCAGUGCGUCCUCAACCAGGACAGGUUUCCUGGAGAUCCUCAGCUGGUGCUGGUGGUUCAGGUCCACAACAGACCAGAGUACCUCCAGCUGCUCAUCAGGUCUCUGGAGAAAGCUGCAGAGGUCCACAGCUUCCUCCUCAUCUUCAGCCAUGACUAUUUUUCAGAGGAAAUCAACUCCAUUGUGCAGCGGAUCAGUUUCUGCAAAGUCCUGCAGAUUUAUUUCCCCUUCAGCACUCAGCUGUAUCCCAGAGAGUUUCCUGGACAGGAUCCACGGGACUGCCCUCGAGACAUGUCCAAGGAGGCCGCCAUGAAGACAGGAUGCCUGAACGCCAACCACUCUGACUCCUACGGACACUACCGGGAGGCCUUCAUCACGCAGACCAAACACCACUGGUGGUGGAAGCUGCACUUUGUGUUCGAACGUGUCCAGGCCAUGCAGGGCUACGGCGGCUUCGUUGUGUUUCUGGAGGAGGACAACUACAUCCUACCAGACUUCUACCACUUCUACAAAUCCAUGCUGGAGUUCAGGAGGAGCAGCUGCCCCGACUGCGACCUGCUCGCUCUGGGGAACCACAACGGCGUGACGGACUUCAGCAGGUUGACCAACAAGGUGUUGACCACCGGCUGGAUGUCCACCAAACACAACAUGGGCAUGGCCGUCUCCAGGGAGCUGUACUACAAGCUGAUGGGCUGCAGCAGCGACUACUGCACCUACGACGACUACAACUGGGACUGGACACUGCAGCACCUCUCAGGAACCUGCAUAUCGAAGCCCCUCAAGGUUCUAGCCGCUCAGAGCUCCAGGGUUCUCCACACCGGAGACUGUGGGCUCCACCAGAAGGAGAACUGCAGGCCAGAAUGGGCCUCACAGAAGGUGGAGGAGAGCCUCCAGACAGCCAAGGAGGACCUCUUCCCUCCAUCUCUGGUCCUCAGCGGAACAGAAGCUGCAGAGCAUAAAGCUCACAUGAAGAAUGGAGGAUGGGGAGAUGUUCGAGAUCACAGUCUGUGUAAAAACUAUGCCAAACUCCUCUGAACUAGGCGAGAACAUUCUGCAGAUGUGCCAUUUAAAGGACUUUCAGGGGCUCUAAUGUUGUUUUUUCUUUCUGUCUUUGAAGAAAUGGAACCAGAUCUAAUCUGAGCGUUUUGAACUCUGAGUUCAAACCUUCAACCAAAGCUGCAGCGGUGCCAAAACCUUUCCUUCAUAUCUGUGGUGUUAGAGCCGGUCUGGGUGACCGUAGAUUAGAUUUACUGCUCAGUGAUAACAACAGUAAACCAUCAGGAGACCUGCGGGUUUAUGUGUGAAUCUAUUUGUGACGGGGAACAGUUUAUUCACUAGGAUUAAUGAUUUUAUGUUUUCUGCUUUUCAUGGUACGGUUUUAAAGGCACAUUUCCAGACUCUAGUUUAAGACAAUCUUCACUAAAAGGGUAAAGUUUAAACCACAGCUGGUUGAAUUUAAUGAUUUCCUUUAUUUUUAGUUGUGUUACUGAAUGUAAUCUUCAGUUUGUGUCUGAUUGUCUGCAGGGUUUUUCCAGGUAUUAUUUCAGACUCUUAUUUAAUCGGUCUGGUUGUGAAAACUGGAGCUGAUCUGGUUUUUCUUUGAGGUGAGGGGACGACUCUGUUUGCUUUCUGAUGGUAAAAAGUGACCUUUUGGAACCAGGAUUUCCGCUGUGCAAACAUCUGAUGCUGCAUUUCUAGAUCUGCACCUUUUUGUGAACUGACUUUGGGAUAAGAGAACAACGAACUGCUUUGUGUUUUUUUUUUUUUAUUUUGGGUUAAAAAGGAAAAGUGUUUCCUGUUCUCCUUCUGUUGUUCAAGUUUCCAUUUACCUUUUUCCUUUUGUAAAAAAACAUGAAUAGAAGCAUAAUGAUGCUUUGCUGCCUUUAAUCUGACCAAAAGUGCCUUAUUGUUGAAAUUUGGACAUUUUGAAGGUGCUCUGUCCAUGACCAAGUACUUAUACGACCAUUUUCCAAAGCUGGGAACUCACAUUUGUCCUGAGAGAUGUUUUAUACUGACGUCUUUAUUUGUUCAAUUUUGAGGGAAAAUGAAAUUUAAAUGUUGAUUUCUAAAAGAAGAGUUUUUAACACUGGCAUUGUCCUCCUGGCCACAGAUCUGUGGUUUAUCCAGAUGUCGGUGCACGUUGGUGUGCACGUUGGUGUGCCUUGUGGAAAUUGCUGAUGUACAAUUAUGCAAUGAAUGUGAAAAAAUAAAUUCUAUUUUUUGUUGAAAACAUGUUUAAGGUGAGCUGAUAUAAACAGAUGUAAAUAUGGACAUUAUGGGAUGUGAGAGAACGUUUGCUGAUUCCUUAUUAAUCACAGUGAGACCAACAUGUUUUUGUGUUUUUGUUGUUUUCAUGUUUCUUUCUGAUCAUCACUUGAAGUUCAUUGUUAACGCUGUUUGCCAAAUGGGAAAUAAACAAAGAAAUAAGUUGUAAAACUAAUAA